CUACAGCAGCCACUGAAAUAUGAUAAUCAGAACAGCUGCUUCUGUGUUCCCUGCGUCCAAUCAGAGGCGAGCUGGUUUGACGUCCCCGAGGCCUACGUCGACCAAUGGCGAUGGAGCUGAGUUGGAGCAGAGAAGUUUGAGUAAGAGAUAAGGAAGAGGCUGGCGGCCGCUGCGCGCUGAGUCCCGCACACUGCAGCGCCUCUGCCACUCGCUUCCCGAUCCGGAGCUGGCCUGUGCGGGUGCGCGAAGCGUUUUCUGCUCUCUCGCUCUUUUCCCUUCUAUCUCUGUCUCUCGCUCCCCGACCCCGACUUUUUUUCUUUUAAAAGGCUCCUCAUCAACAUCACCCUAGUAAUAAAGGAACCAAUUUGAUCCCAGCUCCUUGGACUGAUCCUCAGAGCGACUGAUCAAGCAGCCUCUCUCUUCCUUUCCAUUUGACAGCAUCUCCCGCUUUCCAAGAAGGCACAGCUUGUCUCCUUUUUGUUUUGUUUUUUCCCUGUGUGUUUGUGUUUUGUUUUUUUACCUCUGGGAAGCUCCAUCGCAACCGUGCACCAUUUCACUGUGGACAUUAUACCCUCUUACAGAUAUGGGAGAUAUGGGAGACCCACCGAAAAAAAAACGGCUGAUUUCCCUAUGCGUCGGUUGCGGCAAUCAAAUCCACGAUCAGUAUAUUCUGCGAGUUUCCCCGGAUUUGGAAUGGCACGCGGCCUGCUUGAAGUGCGCAGAAUGCAACCAAUAUUUGGACGAGACUUGUACGUGCUUUGUUAGGGAUGGGAAGACCUACUGUAAGAGAGACUAUAUCAGGCUAUACGGCAUCAAGUGCGCCAAGUGCAACAUCGGCUUCAGCAAGAACGACUUCGUGAUGCGCGCCCGCUCCAAAGUGUACCACAUCGAGUGCUUCCGCUGCGUGGCCUGCAGCCGGCAGCUCAUCCCCGGGGACGAGUUCGCGCUGCGGGAGGACGGCCUCUUCUGCCGGGCGGACCACGACGUAGUGGAAAGGGCCAGCCUCGGAGCUGGGGACCCCCUCAGCCCCUUGCACCCCGCCAGGCCGCUGCAGAUGGCAGAACCUAUCUCUGCCAGGCAACCGGCUCUGAGGCCACACGUCCAUAAGCAGCCGGAGAAGACCACCCGCGUCCGGACCGUCCUCAACGAGAAGCAGCUCCACACCUUGCGGACCUGCUACGCCGCCAACCCCAGGCCCGACGCCCUCAUGAAGGAGCAGCUGGUGGAAAUGACGGGGCUCAGCCCCAGGGUCAUCCGGGUGUGGUUUCAAAACAAGCGCUGCAAGGACAAAAAGAGGAGCAUUAUGAUGAAGCAGCUCCAGCAGCAGCAGCCCAACGACAAGACGAACAUCCAAGGGAUGACGGGCACUCCCAUGGUGGCGGCCAGCCCGGAGAGACACGACGGGGGCUUGCAGGCGAACCCGGUGGAGGUGCAGAGUUACCAGCCGCCCUGGAAAGUCCUCAGCGACUUCGCCUUGCAGAGUGACAUAGAUCAACCGGCUUUUCAGCAACUCGUUAAUUUUUCAGAAGGAGGCCCAGGUUCCAAUUCCACCGGAAGUGAGGUAGCAUCCAUGUCCUCUCAACUCCCGGAUACACCUAACAGCAUGGUAGCCAGUCCUAUUGAGGCAUGAGGAACAUUCCUUGCGGUGCUGAAGUCCUCAAAUGUUUUCGCCCCCUGCUGGAGAGAGUGGGAAAGCUAUCACGUUUGGGGACUUGGAGAGAAGGAGAAAGAGAAAUUAGAAAAUUAAAAGAAGAAGAAAAGUAUUUAAACACAACCGUGUUCAUGAACCUUAAAGAAAAGAAAAACUCCAUGAACUGUCUGGGGAGUCUUUGUUCGUUCGUUUUUGUUUCGUUUUGCAAUGAUAAGGUAGCAACACUGUGAAGACAAUCAUUGGGAUCUUACUAGAAUAAUACUCUUACAAAGCAAAUGAAAAUGCUUUCGUUCUUUUUUAAAAAUAAUAAUAAUAAUAAUAACAGUCCACCCCUACGGAAGGAUUGUAGGGAGAUCAAGAAGGAUUUUGGUUUUUUUGUUUUAAAGACGUUUGUGAAACGCAAGAGGAUACGGACCCAGGACCGCCAACUAUUCCCAAAUGGCAUCGUUGAGUGACUGCACACAAACAUCGCCCAGAAAACGCCUCGUGUGACCGUCCAAACUCGAAUGGUGUUCUUCCUAGACCUGCCUCGCCCCUUGCCAAAAAAACAAACAAAACCAACAUUUAAAAUUAUAUAUAUAUAUACAUACACAUAUAUAUCUUUGAAAGCAGCUCUGAUAGAUUGCUUUUCCAAGAUCAAGGAAGGACACCCUCCCAACCAUCCCACGACAGAACGAGCUAUUCAGAUGGUUGGAGCUGCGAGCGGUUUGGAAUUUCUCUGUUUCCUCCCCCCCCCCAAGAAAGGUCUUGGAGCGCCUGGGUCGUCCCUCCAAUAGCAUGUACUGUAGCUUUGGCCUCUCCUCUUCCUCCUCCUCUUCCUCUUUCUUUCUCCCUUUUCCCGGGUGGGUCGGUGGGUUUCUAUCGAGAUCCAUCCUUUUUCUCCUGAAGUCUCCACUCUCCAGCGACUCUUUUUGUUUCGUUUUGUUUUUGUUUUUAAUUUAAAGGAGGGAGUCGGUUUUUAAAAAUAUAUAAAUAUAAAUAUAAAUAUAUAUCUAUCUAUCCCAAUUUAAACCUUCAUUCGCAACAAGGUAUACCUCUUUUUUGGCCACACAUGAAAAAUGAAAAGGAAAAAAAAAAAACGAAUCGUCUUUCGGGGUUCUGUUUUUGACUGGCGUCCGUUCAGUAACAUUCCCCUUUCCCCAAAGAUGUGUAUAGUUCUUGGGUUUUUUAUGUUUUUUUAAAAAAAUGUGUGCUUUUUUUUUUAAUGGACUGGGGGUUUUUGCCCCCACCCCUUUCUCUCUCACUCUUUCUCUUUCUCUGGAAAUAAAGAGGGGGGAGGAGGAAAUACUUUUGUUUGUUUGUUUGCUCUCGCAUUGCAAAAAUUAUAAAAGUAAUUUAUUAUUUAUUA